AAGCCUGCCAUCAAUGAUCACUGCCACAAAUACGAUCACGUGCAGCGACGCGAAUCAUUGACACGGUUGAAUUCGAACCGUGAUUGACGCCGCACAUUCAUCUCGUAAUUGCUUGCUGUUGUCUUUGACUCCUGGCUCUCCUGGGUUCUUUUGCUUUUCUUCUCCUUCUCAUCUCAGGCUACGUGUGCUUUGGAUAUGUUUUUCUACUGACGACCAAAAUGACCGACUAUUCAUCGACAACGGGGGGACCAAGGUCCCCUCUUUUCGGCACAGCAACAUUUUCAACCUUAUCAGCAACUCAAACGCCAUUGUCGCCGUCAAGACUGUCAACGUCUUCGGCGCGUUCACUUACACCUACGCCAACUGCUUCCUAUGACAGUGAUGACGCUUCAAGCAACGGUCAAAUGAGACGAAUUAUCGUCUCUCGUUCGCCAUCCUCAAGAGAUUCCUAUUCUGAUACAUACACAGAGGAUGACUCCGACAUUGCAGCAAGCUUCGCGCAGCUCGACGCUGAAGUCGAUUCAGCACUCCAGUCUUGGACUGCACACAGUCCAUCAUCACAAACAUUUGCCGAGGAACUCGAAUCUCCCGCGCAGAUAUCUGGAGACUACUAUUCUCCAGCUACGGCAUUUCUCGAACGAGGAAGAAUACUAAGCACUAUCUCCGAACAUACGGAGAAUAUCUCAUCUCGACCAACUUCGUUCGCACAAUCUGGUGGUGCGCCCGGCAGUAGACCCAUUACUCAAAUUUCUACCAGCUCUGGCGAUGCGAACCGCGGUUCAGCUCAUGGAGAUCUCGGACCUUCGACUUCUGCUCACGUGCGAUCUGCUACGGAGCCUGCUCAGCUACAAUCCCAACGAGCUCAUACUCCAGGUCCUAAACCUCCCGCCGGCCCCAGAGUUGGGGAAAAGGUUGCGUUCUUUGAACAGAGAUCGGGAGCAACCUCUCCCUUCAUCCGAAGUCAUAGUCGCACCGCCUCCGCUCCCUCCGGUCCUCGUCCACAGAGUUCUCUCGGGACCACGACUCAAAGCCAGUCGAUGCCUACGAUAAGUACCUUCACAUCGACAGGUUAUGGUGCGUCCACAGGAUACAUGACAUCCACAGGGUAUGGAAGCGGUACAGGGUAUUCGACGUCUCGCCCUUCUUCACCCACUAAGAACUCUAGCUGGGAAACCAGUGCACUCUCUCCAAAACCUCAAUCAUCAUCAACUAGUUCAGAAGAUUCCCGGGUCACACCGACCUCGCACACCUACUCACGUAGCUUGGGUGGUACAAGCUCUUACACGGGGACAGAUACCUAUACACCAUCGGGAACGUACACUCGAACGUAUACCGGAAGUGUCACUAAUACGGAUACCCUGACGCAUACCUACGGGGCAAGCUCUGAAACUAUUACCCAAACUGCUUCGUCUCUGCGCAGACCCCAAACAUCACCUCGAUCACCCCUCACAGCCGUCCGUAGCAUUAUGCAGAGAUGGAGGGAUCAGACGCCUAACCUUGCCAAAUCGACUCGUUCUACAACUACACCUUCGCCUGAAGGCCCUGGUCUUCGGCGUGGUCCACGACGGCCUCGAGACCGCGUUAUCGACUCCGCACGCAGGGUGAGCGCAUCCACCACUUCAGAUGACGACUCUCGAUCUCUUCGCGGCGGAAGUGAUGUUAGUGCCUCUGGUGUGCUACCACCUCCAUUUGACCUUGCAGCAUUGGGCCAGUAUGCUGGUACGACCUCAGAACCUUCACGAAUCGGAAAUCUCUGGUAUCUCAAUGUACACGCGUCGCCACCAUAUAGGUGGCAACGAUGUCAAGCUCUGCUGUACCCCAGAAUGCUGUUACUCACUUGGAUUGCUCCAGGAGGAGGGAGAGGUGUUGUUACUCUAGAUUUACUCAAUUGUACGGAAGUCGGCUCCACACGCUCACCGUCGGAUCCUCGCACUGUGGAUGAUGUUGGCACUCAAGCAGCUAAGGAGCAAAACUACGCGGAUGUCGAUUUGAUGACACUGUUAUUACCGUUCCACUUACUUUACAGCGAUGGUGUUGAGCGAUUGGCCGCUGAGUCUCCUGGCGAACGUGCGAGAUGGGUGGAAGCUAUAUGGGAGAUCCUCAAUCGUUCUGUCAGUAUUCCCGACCGCUCUGCUACACAAUCACCCACAGGGUCUAUCCGAACGAUUCGCACCAUUGACAGUGGGACGAGUUCCCGUUCUGGCUCAGGCUCUGGUUCCACAUCUGUGCAAUUCUUCCGACUCAGUGCCAUUCCGGAUAUGUCGGAUUUACAUUCACUAUCUGGUUCAAGUACUUUGUCCCGUCGACCUUCGCUCAUUUCGACCCAGAACACUCGUACUUUGGAUGAUAGCGCACUAUCUGGGUCUUCUUACCUGUUACCCAGUGGUGCUGGCGUGAUUGGUCCGGCUCGAACUCGUUCAUUGCGACGCACGAGCUCCUUGACGGAUCUAGGCGAAGAUAUCGAGUCCGCCGCAAGACAAGCGCGAGAGUCGAGAGGUGGAUUAGGCUUUGGCCUUGGUCUCGUUGGUCUGCCCCUCGGUGAUGGUGCACCUGUUACAGUAUCUAGUGGACCGCGCCUGCAUGGAGAUGUUCGUCUGACUCCUCCACCUAGAAGCAGGGCCAGCUCCAGGACUCGAGGGUCAUCGGAGACCUCGACGUCUCUCACCGAUGAUGCAUUUUUCUCUGCUGGCUCUGGUAGUGGUACUACAAGAACGCCAACCUCGAGCUACUACUCCUCUUCCUCAUUUACUCGUGGACUACUGAGUACCGCUGAUUACACCACGUCCAGGAGUGGAACUGGCUUGGCGACUGACGAAACAAUAGUCGAUAUCACGUCUGGCACGGGUACCAAUAUCGUCACUUCAACUCUAUCGUAUAGAGGAACUGCCUCCAAUUCGCUCCUAGGCGAUUCACACACAGGUUCCAGCCCAUAUAGUUCGAUCACACCGACUUCCUCUCGUACGUCUCUCACCCGAUCCGGCGGUGUUCGAAGGCGAACUCGUGGGUCGUUCACUACGUCGUACCUCAGUGGGUCUGAGGAGACAUCCGACAAGGAGAAUUCGGACUCGUAUGCAUACUCUGGUACACGAUCUUACACGGACAGCAGGUAUCCCUCCGAGCUCAGCACUCUGGAAGGGUACAGUUACAGCGCCAGUCGGAGCGCGACCCCUACGCCUACUGACCUUUCUUCGUCGCGGACAACCAGUCAUACCGAGGAAAGUGUUCCGGAGAGCAUGCCUGAGGAGCAACCGAUGUCUUCAACCAGCUCAGAAUAUGUUACUGCGAAGAGUCCCUCCGGUUCACUCGCGUCCUUGCCGACGAUUCCGUCUUUGUCUGACUACGAGACGGCUGAGGUUUGCUCAACGGAAUAUGAGACAGCCGAGAUAUGCCCAACUACUCCUUCAGUCACCGAAUUCAAGACCGCAGAGGUCUGCCCGACAGAGCCUGGGUCUGAAUAUGUCACAGCGGAGGUUUGUCCAACUGAAGCAUCAACUGAGUACGAAACAGCAGAGUGCAGAUGUCAGAAGAUUCCUGCCAGUCCUGAACCAAUUGACCGGGAAGUGGACGUCGUGAGCAUACACCCAUCAGAGAUACCCACCAUUCGUUCCAGGACGCCUAGCAUCGUCGAAGAGUCAGUAUCAUUGUCUCCUGCUAUGAUCCCGCUGCCUGUGUCGUCGCCUCCUACGUCCUACAGCUCCAGUGAGGUAUCCGAUAUCGAACUCUCAUCGGAGGAACCGGUUCCAUCUCCUUCACCAGAGCCGACCCCAUCCGUCUCUCUUACUUCACCUUCAGAAACGGAAACCAUCCCAGGACCCUCCCCAAUUCCCUCACCUCUGCCAGAGCUUUCACUUACCCCCUUGGAAUCGAUCUCUACCCCGACAGAGUCUUCGGUAACUCCGCCGUCCAGCGAUGUCAGUCUGACGGUACCUACGUCGAUUAGACAAUCGACUCCUUCUAGCCCAUCAUUGCUGGGAUCGACAUGGGGUAAUGAAACUGAUGAGUCCUACGAGUCCUCACUUCUCCAGGCUUCACCUUCAAUUCAGUCAAUAACCUUCCCUGACCCGCCGGAUGUAUCUUUUGAAACAUCUGGUCUGAGGCCGAGCCCUUCAGUAGAGAGUGAAAGCGAACCAGAAUUGACACUGAUGACUCCAGCUUCUGAAGUGAGCACACCUUCAGAGAGCAUUCCGACUUCUCCGACUUCUCCAUCUUCUGAAUCUGUCACGCCAACACCAUCCACUCUGUCUCUCCCUCCAAGUGUUCCAUCGCCGACGCCAGUAUCUUCCGAGAAGAGCCAGGUGACGCUGACGAGAACGCCAUCUUCAAUAUCUACGGUGUCCUCGGUGUCAAUGAGUUCGUCUGUGUUCUAUCCACGAUCACUUUUUGAGAUGCCUUUGGAUGAUAUCUCGACCGAGCCUUCGCUACUUUCUACGGCGGCUUCCCCAUCCUCAGUAGCUUUGCCAAUUCCACCGUUUUCUCCUCGUGACAUUGCCCUUCCGCCGUCUCCAGCCCCUUCUACUCCUUCGGUGUCCAUGUCAGUCAGUAUCACUACACCCCGUGGAGAUAUCCCAUCUAUUCGGACUAGCUUGGAAACCAUACCCUCUGAAGCGUCGGCACCAAUUCUACCUACGGGUCCUAGUCAUAUUUUGACUCACGAUGUCAACGUUCUUCUCCAGCACCUGCACGAACUAGAAGAGACCAGAGGUCCACAGAUUAGGGAGAUAGUCGAGAAUGUACGCGUAAUUCGUGAGAAUGUCGCAGAGCUCGUGGAGGAUAAACGUACGAGAGGCGUUCAGGAAGAGGAUGUACCUCCUCCAGUACCACUCAAAGAUAGCGCUGUUGGGGGCAGCAGCGAACUCUCGUCUCUAAAGUCAUUUGGCCCUAGAGCACUCGCUCCUAGUCCUCGCCCUCCGAUGCAGCCUCGUCUUGUGCCUAUUCCCGUAACACCCCCUCCGAUGAGAAGUCGGAUGUCAUCGCCCGAUACGCUCACCGAGACCAUGUCGUUUUUGUCAUCCCACCACUCAGAUGAUUUCAGUCUGUUAGAAUCUGAAUCGUACCCUGGACAAGCUGCUUCACCGCCUUGGUCUUCACCGAGUUCGUCACCCUCAUCGUCCCCAACUUCGUCUUCUGUCUCGAUUCCUCCUCUUCCCGAGUCCGAAUCCAUUUCGUCAAUUAGUCCCGAAUCUGCGCUAAGUUACGAGGAUAUUCGCAAUAUUCCGCCGCCACAUUCGCCUACCCCAUCGUCCUCAUCGAGCGCUACCGCAAGACCUAUUCCCCCUCCGGACAUCUCGCGCUUGCGCGAGUCGCUUCAAGGGGUUCAACAACAGGUGGCCGCAUUAUGGGAGGGUCAAGGUUCCACGAAUCGCAUGCUCGAUGAUUUGUUGCAAAGGCCCAGUGGACCAAGUGGACCAGAUCCCGAGACUCAAGACAGACUGCACAGAAUUGAAGACAUAGUUCACCGGAUUCUUGAGCAGCUUUCCGUGCCACGUCCUGAACCUCCAAGAGCUGCACCUCCACCAGCACCACGAGAUGACGUCUCGGAGGCUUACACCUCCUCAGGUACUGAUGUAUCGUCAUUCAUCGAUAGACUUCGCGAAGCAGUGAGGACGGGUGCUGGUGAUGAGCCUCCGCAGAUUCAUAUGCCACGGCCGAUGCAUGCAGGUCCAUCGUUCAACGAAAUGUUAGCUCAGACGUUGGCCACAGAGCCGCCACCUCCGCCUGCACCCGUGGAACUUCCGCCGCCUCUAGUGACGUUACAGUAUCGCCCGGGUGCACGAGCAACACGUCCUCGUAGCGCAAGCCCCACUUUCGAGACAACAUUACCGGAUCGUGCUCGAACGGUGCCAAUUACUCGACCUGUGAUCUUCCGAGAGGAUCGUGCACGCCCGCAACGGCGUCGGCCACCAGCUCGUCGCCCUGCUCCACCUCCAUCUGAGACGGAGUCAAUGGGUUACAUUCCGCCCGUUGUCCCUACCACACCAGCAGCACGGACUCGAACACCCGGACCACUCGAUAAUGGCGAUGACAUUGACAUGGAGCGGGAAAUUAGGGCUCGGCGACAGCAGCGCCGGCCAGACCAACCCGAUGGUGUGUAUCGACCAGGUGGUGCGACCCCUCCUGCUCAACCUGUUAGACCUCCUACUGCCCCUGCUGAUCUUGGAGGUGAAGAUGAUCAACGGAGAGGUCCUCAAGCAUGGUAUACUCCUCGGCGCGAGGAUCAACCUACAACUAUGGGCGAUAUGCCAGGUAGUCAGCCUGGUCAAACCGCGGUUCCUCCUCCAGGUACUUUCACCGUUCUUCCUACAGCAGGCCCCAGUCAACCUCCUCCCGUACCACCUCAAGCACAACCAGCACAGCCAGCGCCUACAAUAUUGCAACUUCCACCGACGUUCGAUGACAUUGUUGCGCUUUUGCGGGAAAACCGCUUUGCCCAUGUUGCAACGAUUGAUCAACAACGGGAAAUUAUGCGAUACCUCAGAAGCCUCAAUGAGUGGUUGGAACGUGAUGUGCAUGAUCGUCAGUCUGAGAUACGGGGUGUCAAUGCGCGGUUGGACAACCUGACCGACCACUUCAACGAUAUGAUGGGUGGGCGUCCGCCAGCUGCUACUCCAGGGACGGCGCCUGCAACUGUAGUAGUGCCACCAGGACAAGUACCUCCACCUCCAGUUAUUCUCCAACAAGGACAACAACUUCCUCCUGGCUUCCAGCCUACUCCUGGUCCUGGAGUCCGUCCGCCAGGAACGCCCUUCCGUACCGAACGCACUCCAACGCCGGAUUUCCCGCCUGUCUUCCCUGGCAGAAGAAGUUCCUCUGAUAUCGUUAUCCCUCCUCCGCCAGGAGAAAUGCCCAUUCCUGUGAUACCUGAGAUGCCAGCUGUCUAUCCGCCUCAGCCGCAGCAGCGUCCACCUCCUCAAGUAUACCGGGAGCCAUCACCAGUCAUACCUCCCACUCCCUCGAGUUCCAGCUCAAGCUCAGGAAUGUACACGGAUCAAGGAAGAGAACAUGUCACCGGAGAACAUAUCAUGGUCAUUCCUCCUCCUCAGGGCGGUCCUGGUGACACGGUCGCUGUCAUUCCGCCGCCGCAGCCAACUGUUGUGCGGAUGUCACCGUCAGGUGGAAGGUCGCGUUCUGGCAGUCCAUUGAGUGGUCGUAGCUAUCAUAGUCGUCGAGAUUAUUCACCUCGAAGCUCGCGAUCUGGAUCACCCCAUAUCAUUCAUCUUCCUCCUUCGCAGGUGCAAGCAGAUGCAGGUGGCGCAGUCCCAAUUCCAGCACCAGGUACUCCUCAGCCUCCUCAACAGCCUACAGUCAUUGUCACUGGGCAACCUGGUGCACCAGUUGCUCCAGCGGCACCAGGCGCAGUACCUCAUCCUGCUAUCAUAGUUCAGCCUCCACCACAGAGUUUCUCCUCUCACGGCGUUCCCUCCCAUAGUGUCCCAGUUUCGGACGUUAGUCGUUCACCACAGCCGACACCGGUGGUUAUCCGAGAAAGUGACCAUCCUGCUACGACAGUCAUUCACCAUACACACUCACGUUCUCCUUCCCCUGGUCGUGGUGAUUACCAUGACCGUUCUCGUCGUCCAUCACAACGUUCUCAUCGAGAUCAUUCUCGUCGUUCGUCGAGAUCCUCACCGCCGCGGCAUGAUAUUAGGAUACGCACAAGCCGGUCAAGGUCUCGCUCACCCUCAUCUCGCUCUAGCAGGCGUACGCCUCCUCCCAUUGUGAUACCGGGUCAACAACCAGGUUAUCCUGGCCAACCAAUAACGGUUGCACCUCCAAUGAUGGGACAACCGGGAAUGAUGCCUGCACCUAUGAUGGGUCCACCGCCCACUUUCCUACCUACGAUCCCUCCACAGGUCGUGACAAUUCCAAGAUCACGUUCGCGUUCGCGUUCUUCCGGACGGAGGACGCCUUUCAUUGUACAAGGUGCACCACAUCCGUCUCAAAUGUAUGAAGGCAGGCCUAGCCGCCGUUCAAGAUCUCCCAGAAGCCGGUCGCGUUCUCGGUCUCCUACUCGUGUGGUUGAAAUUGGUCGUUCAGAAGGACGGUCCAGACAUACUCAUUCGCCUACCCGCCUGCCUACCGUGCCACCAGCCACAGUUAUUGUCCCGACGAGUCGCACACAUGACAGAGGAAGGUCUAGGACGAGGUCAAGAUCAAGGUCAAGGUCGCCUUCGAGGCGUGAUUACGACAGAGGUCACAGGCGCCGUGGCCGCCGUCACCGUUCUCGCAGUUAUUCACCCUCACGCUCGUAUUCGGGUGAGCGUGAUCCACGGGAUAGACGUCGCCGCCGUGAGAGACGUCCAAGUUACUCUGAUCGAUCGUACAGUCCUAGUCGCCAUGUCCGUCAACCUUCUCGUCGAUACAGCCCAUCACCGCGCCGUCGAUCACAAUCGUUGGAAUACGAGCCAAGCAGGCGCACACACCGAUCACACCGAUCCGGUAGUGGUGUCCAACCCACCGUCGUAGUCCAUCGAAGCCCGUCGCGUUCUCCAGUACUGAUCGCCGGUCCAUCUACUCGUCGUACCCGAUCUUCACGCCGCCCACGUUCUGCCGUCAGUGUGCGUGAACAUGAUGGUGCUCGAUCUCCUCAGGUCAUCCACGUCCAAGGCCACCCUUCGCGAUCCCCAACACUCAUUGAGGAGGUCCAACGUUCGCCAACUCACAUUACUCGCAUCCCCACAGGCCGGUCAGGGAGAACAGUAGUCACACGCCAUUCCCCCUCCCCCGAGUCUGAGUCCCCAUCUCCACGCAUACAUCCCGCCCGUACCCACCGGACUGGUUCACCUUUGUACUCCGACCAUGAUGCUGGUGGUUCACGUUCGCCUCCUCCAGUGGUCGUUCGUUCUCCUUCGCGCCGCUCUCCUGUCCGACGACAGGGCUCAACUCGUGUCCCGACUAUCAUUCCCAUCGAGCGGACUCAUGUCCCGUCAGAGGGGAUGUCCAUCAGUCCUUCUCGUGGAAGACGACCCAGCCAAGUCACCGAGCACCAUUACGAGGAGGAACUAACCCCCGGACAUGCUACCACUCAUGUGUCUGAGCCUCAAAGCAGAGUGUCCUCUCUGGAACGGGCUUUUAGUCAAUCAGAUGCCCCAGGUGUCAUUCCUGCCCGACCUUCUCGGACCCGCCCUCCGACUUCACCUCGUACCUCACUCCGGCAGCAAUUGCAUGAGGCCCCACCAGACGCACCCACCAUUCCCUACAUGCCUACACAUGUUGAGGAAGAGGAGAUCAUUCCCGUCCCGGAACCUGUACCUCAUGUCGAGACUACAGUACUUCCUCACGCCGUUCCGCCAACUCCUGCGCCAGCUGAUACCUAUCCAAUUCCACCUCCACAGGGACCUUCACCUGGUGAAAUGCGUGAAUUGCGUGAAUUGCCCGUCACCGCAGUUCCUCAUGCACCUACCAGAUUCGACGACCUGGCUCUUGCUGAUGCCGAACGUGAGCGUACUGAGCGAUUCGAUGAUAUGGAGAAACAGUUGGUUGAAGUCGUGCAGCAUGCUGAGGAAGGCGAACAACGACGGGAAGAUACCUUCCAGCACAACGAAGAUGAGCGAGAGCGUCUUUUCCUCGAGCAGGAAGCUCGUAGACACGCCGAAGCUAAGCAGCGGGGAGAAGAACUCGUUCGCACUUUGGAGGAUCGUCUCGCAACUUUACCUGUUCCGAUUCCAGUGUCUGCACCUCACGUCGAUGUUGGUGAAGAAGCUGGGAGAACCCCCUCUGUACAUGUUGCAGAAAUACCACCGUCUGAACGUUCUCCUGCUCCAUCUCGCGCGUCGUCACUCCGGACGGCUUCCCUUCAUGAUGUCGAUGCCGAGAGACGCACUCUUGUAGAAGCAACUUCCCGGUACAGUCAAGAACUCCGGGAUACUAUUGCUGCCGAGCGUGAAGAGGCCACGCGACAGCUCGAAGCUGAACGUGCCGAGCGUGAGCGCCGAGACGCUGAAUUGGCAGUGGAACGACAACGGAUUGAAGAAGAGCAUCAAGCACACAUUCGUCUCCUCGAGGAACAGAUUGCUGCUAUGCAAACUGAGAAGGAGGAGCGGCAGGCUCGCGAGUUGGAAGAAGCCCAAAGGCAUGAAAACGAACGUGCUGAAGAUAUCGAACGAUCUGAGAACCAAGCUCAGCAAUUGGCGGAAAUUUCAAACAUUGUGUCCGAGCAACGCGAUGAGUGUAUUCAAAAACGCGAGCUUCAAGACGAACGAUGGAUACAGAAGCAGAACCGGCGUCAGGAAAAAGAUGCCAUGUGGAUGAACAUGCGGGACAUGAUCACACAGUUGCUUCAAGAGAAAGAGGAAUGCAAAGCUCGAGAAGAUGAAAGGAUGCAGAUGCUUAUCGGCGCAAUGCGAGAGAUGCAAAAUCAGACCAUGGGGGCAUUGGCGACUCUCAAGGGUGAAAUCUCUGAUUCUAUGCGCGCGAUGGCGGAUGAAUGCCGCGAGAAACUGGAUCAGCAGACACAAAUCAUCUUAGACGCAUCAGAGGCCAGUGCGCAGAAGCAGGUCCCUUUCAACGUCCAAGGCUACUUAGAUGACUUCAGCAAGUCGCUAGCGAGCGAAGUUCGUCUAUUGAUUGGAGAGGUUGGCAAGCUGCACGAGAGGAAGAGAACAUUGAAUUAUCAAAUCGGUACUUUCAUGUGCCUGCAGGCCCAGAUUGGUCCUGGUGGCAUAUUGGACCCAGACUGGGUUCCUGAGAACUACGUGCAACCUGAGCCUCCAGCUGCAGAGCCGGUGCCAGAACCAGAACCCAUGGCUCCUGCACCUAGUGCUUGGCGAUAUAUUCCUGGUCGAAAUAGGUUGCGCAGAGUCCGCACAGCGUCUCGUCCUCAUCAGGCUCCGCCAUCUGCGCCAGGUCAACCUCAAGUACCCUACCCUGGUGCUCAACCUCGUCCUGGUGCAUCGUGGCAGUCAGAAAUGUGGCGACCAACACAUUUGGAGCAGAUCACUCCACCUCAGGUCACACCAACGCUCUUGACCCCUCAGCAACCGAGCCCCGGAUUGUUUGGACCACGAACCCCUUCUGGAUCUAUCCAUCAGAGUUAAUUUGAUUUUUUAUCUUGCUUCUGCAUUCUUUCCAAUACCAUUUUUUUGCUUCACGAUUCGGGAUGGGAUUUAGAAUAAUGACCUUCACUGUAUUGCUACCAUCUUCUUCACGUUACUAAUGUCUGCUAUGUUCAUGUUCACGGACUCUUUCAUGCUCACGUAUUUUCAUGCUCACGAUCAAGGCAACUUUACAUGUGUUCAUUCAUUUAGUGAAUCGACAAUGGAUGAUUUCGUUUACUUUGAUACAUUCGAAAGAGAAGGCGACUACAAACUGGCAAGC